AUCACAUGGAGGAGCAGUAUGGAGAACACUACGCUCAGAAGGUAGAGGACAGACUGCUGCACUACCUCCAGCAGCUGGAGACCGUGUUACCAGGAGACACACACAUUGAUAAGAUCCUGAAGAAAGCAAGCCCUGUGACUGAGGAGGAGAAGCUGCUUUUGGAAGUGAUAACCUCUGACUCCAAGAGCAUCGCAGCAACUCUGAAGAAACUGCUGCACUGUGAUGUUGCUUUGUGUCGUCGGGCCACGACUCCUCAGUCCUCAGCACAUGGAAAGAAUGGGAUGGAAAGCUCCAAACUCUCAGGGUCUGUUCUGCAUGUCAGUGCUUCAGAGGACCUCCACAAGUCCAUGGAGGCCCUUCAGACCCCUCCAGUGGUUCUUCAGCGAGGGGGGGCUGAAGGAGACGGCGCUGUGUCGUUGAAGAAUGAAGAUGAUACAAAUGUUAGCAGACGGCAGACAGAGGAGAGUAUUGAGUUCUUCAUGAGAGUGGGUGAAGAUAUCAGUGACAGGGAAAUGAGUUGGAGCAGCAGAGGAGGCAUUCAGGAAGCCCCCCCCUCCCCUCAGUUCUGCUCCAAGCACCAGCGCUGGGUGGAGAGCAUCCUGCAGCAGUGUCCUGAGGAGCUCCAGGACAACGUCUCUUUGUCUCCUUUACUGUUCCAGUCGCCCUCAUCCAACACUACAUCACAGGACUUCACCCCCUCUGGUCUCAUCCCCUCCCCCUUUGACCAACCACUGCCACCUUCAGAGACCUUCACCCAUCUUCAGACAGCUUCUCAGCCAGCAAACCUUGAGCAGAGUUCUGCAGCACCGGGAUCAUCAGCGGAUCCAGUUCUGCUGCCGUCGCCCAGAGACACUCAACUGCCCCCCCACUUGACGCCGGUCGUCCGACUGCUGGACAUCGCUUCCGUCAGAAGGUUCUGCCAUUUCUCUAAACCCCAUCAAGCACCUUUCCAUCCCUCCGCCUUGUCUCCAAACAAACAGGAUGCUUGUUGUUCUAGUCUUCAGGUACCAACCUCUCCACGCUGCCGUACCUCAGGGAACAAUGCUUCAGCUGGAGGAGCGACGCAAGACUCUCCGCUCGUCCAACAUGCUCCCCAGAACACGACACACCAGGUGUUCACAGCUCCUGGGUCUCAACAUGCAUCUACCUCCACGAGCUGCCAACCUCCAAUAGAACAAUAUUUUUCAAAACUUUCAAGAAAGUACAGAUGGCCUUGUGUCAACAGCAGAGUUUCACCGGUUCUGGACAAAUUGAAUCAAAACACUUGUCCGACCGUACCAGAACUCAGCGUUCCUCGGCCUCCUACAGAAGAGGCUUCUACCGCUGCGUCCCCUUCAUCGACUUCGUCAUCUCAACCAGUUGUCCCUCAGAACUCCUUCAAACCUCCUGCACAAAACACCAUUCAUCUUCAACCAUCAUACUCCACCGUCUCCCCCCCCCCCCCUGAGGCCCCACUGGUCCUGGUGGAGAGCGGCAGGGUCCGGAGAGACGGGCUGAGGUUGUCUAUGCACAGCCAGGCCGUGCUGCUGCAGUCCAGGCUGCUGCAGUCCAGGCUGCUGCAGCCCUGCGUGCCUCUGAGCAGGCUGAGCGCUCAGGAGUGCUACAGAAUGACAGGGUGGAGGUCCUCCAGCAGAGGGUCCGAGCCGGGGGUACAAGGCAGAAAUGAUGACAACGGGAGGAAGGAGGAGGAGGAAGAAGAAGAUGAAGGUUCCUUUGAUCCGAACAGUCUUUAUUCCAGUUAUUCUUCAAGUAGUGCUGACGACUCCAUGGACCCUGAUUACAAACCUUGCUUGAAGAAGAGAAGACUGCUCUUAGAAUAUGAAACUGCAAGGACCAUGGGUCAUACUUAAAAACAUUUAAAUAUAUACGGACUAUAGCCGGAUGCAAACUUGCUUUUUGACACUAAUGAUUUCAAUAUUUUGACUUUUAAAAAAGCAACAAAAUAUUAGCAAAGAGUACAUUUUUAACAUAAACAAAAUUUGACUUUGUACAUUUGACACUGUAAAUAUCAACAUCCUUUGUAUAAAAUAUGAAAUGGUGACACUGUUUCUUAAUUCUUUGUUAAUUAUUCUUGUAGCAUAUCCCUCUGGCAGAUGUGUCUGAAAUGUGUGGGUGUUUUGUGACAACAGAAAAUGGUUUGUUAGUGUUGAUCUGUUGACAAAUUAGAAGAAAUAAUCCAGUGGGGCCGGAGAUGUGACUUGUUGUUCAGUCUUAAAUGGAUUGAUGACAUUUAUAAAAGUAUGGCUGUUCUGUGAAUUCAAAAUCAAAAUGAUUGAUUUAUAUAAAGCCAUUUGGGCACACUGUGGAUGUAGUGGGUCCAUGUGCCUAUUACUGCAUUCACAAUGUCAGGCAGCAUUGGAUCUAUACUGUACAUGUUACGGCCCUUUUAUAUUGGGAGGAAUAAUCAAGAUGAAAAAUGGCGUUUCCUCAGCGAAAACAUUUACUCCAGGGAGGGAAAUUAUACAUCCAUGGGAAAUACCCAGAACAAAUCCUUAUAUGUGGUUGUAGACAAAAGCAAUGGAUCUCAGGACCCUUGAUUAAGACAAUCUAGUAGAUCACAGAUCAACACUUUGUCAUCAUUUUAAAUUCUAUUUUAAACAAAGUACAUAGAAGCUACUUCCUAAGCAUGUAAACCAUUUUCACACUAGCAUUAAAAUCAUUCCUCACACAUGUUACACAAUUUAAAUACAUUACCAAUUAAAAAAUAAACGUAUCAGA